AUGCUGCGCUUCCGGGUUCGCCUCCCGAAAGGCAAGGAGCCUGUUUCCAUGGAUCUUGAUGGCACUACGACUUGGGGUUCGUUCGUGCAAUCUAUCAGUUCCCUAACCGACGUGCCGUGCUCGCAAUUGCGGAUUCUUAGUGGGUUCCCACCACGUCCCGUUGAGGUUGGUGAUGGCGCUGCUUCCAUUGCCAGUGUGCUUCCGGGGGGAGGAAACGUAAUUGUGCAAGUGGGCGAGGCGGAUGUGGUUAAGGGGAAGACAGAAGGUCGUUACGUGCCCCCAGUUGACGGCAAGUGGCAUUUUGUUCGGCGCGUUUGCCCUUCAGAUAAUUCUUGUUUGUUCCAUGCUGCAGCUUAUGUCCUCCGUAACAAGAGCCGAGUGGAUGGACCGUCCCUGCGCAAAGAGUGCGCCGAUAUUGUGCAAGCAUAUCCGAAUGUCUUUAAUGAGAAAACGAUUCUUGACCGGCCAAACCGCGAGUACGUCGAUUUCAUACGGAACCCAAACGCUUGGGGCGGGGCGAUCGAACUUAUGGUCCUCAGUUUCCUCACGCAAACUGAGAUUGUUGCACUUGAUUUGACGUCGUCUAAUGUUUUGCACUUCGGUGAAGACAACAAUUAUACCGUUCGUGCCUAUGUUGUGUUUAAUGGGCAGCACUACGAUGCUAUCGCUAUGAACCCCAUGUUUAAUUCACCUCAAGAGAGCGAGGAUCAGGUCCUGUUUAGUUCUACGGAUGCCGAAGUCCUUAAUCGUGCUAGACGCUUCGUUGCUGACGAGGCUAAAAAGUUGCGUUUGCGGUAA